AUGUGGAAUGAUGGAUGGAUAGAACUUAUAUCUAAGCUUAUGGAAAUUUGCAAUAAGCAUGAUAUUGAUUUGCCUGAUAUGGAUGAUGCAUGUGUUUUAGAUUUGCAGUUGCAUGAGCUGAAUGUUAUGUUUGAUGAAGAGAAUACUGAGUUUUUACGAUGUGUUUCAUGUUUGAUUCCCUCGUCGUCAUUUGCAACUUUUGAUGUGAAAAAGUUAUUCAUGAUGGUUGAACUUUAUCCAAAUGAUUUUGUAGAUGUGUUGGAAGUGAUGGUGCGACAUCAACUUCAGAAUUAUGUUAGAAAUGUUCGAUGUGAACCAAAAUUUGCAAAGUUAAAAGGAUGA